AUGGAGAGCUUGGAAUCUGAAGAUCCAAAGAUUUGGGAACGAUUCAUGGACGGUAAUUGGGUCGUGAAUAGAAGUUCAGUUCCAUUUUGUGAUCUUUGUGCGGAUGAAACUUUGGAACAGCAAAAUCGAAAACUAAAGAUACAUGGAGGACUUGUUGGUAUAACGCUCAACGAAAAUGCUCGAAAUCGAUUGUUUCUUGCUAAUUCGGAACUAAGUAGAAUUGCAUGUGAAACUGAGAAAAUGAUAGGAUUUGAAAGUACAGAACGAAAACAACGAGUUUAUGCCAACAACAUUCCGUUCUGGGACCCUUUAAAAAAGAAUUUGAUCAAAACGUGUAAAACGGCAGUGAAAAAGGUUAAAAUUACUCUCAAAGAAAAAACUGUAGCCAUAAAGACGGAUUUAUCUCUUAUUUCAAGACUGAUGAUAGCAUCUAGAAGUAGACCUGAAAUUGACUUGAGAUACAACUUGAGCAACUACGAGUUUUCAGCACUACCUAAGUCUUUGUUUGCAGUUGACGGGAGUAUGCACCAUUGUCUAGCUAAGCACAAACUUACGGAUGCUCUUGAAUCAAUGCAAGUAUUACCCGCAGAAGGAAAUGACAAUGCUCAUACUUCCACAGAUGCUAUUUUAGAAAACAGUAAAGAUCUACAAUAA